AUGGCUCGAGGCGGCCGCGCUCGCCGCCUGGCCUUCGCGCUGGGGCUGCUGCUGGCGCUGGCGCUGGCGCCCGGGCCGCUGCGGGCCAAGCCCACCGUGCGCAAGGAGCGCGUGGUGCGGCCCGACUCGGAGCUGGGCGAGCGGCCGCCCGAGGACAACCAGAGCUUCCAGUACGACCACGAGGCCUUCCUGGGCAAGGAGGACUCCAAGACCUUCGAUCAGCUCACCCCGAACGAAAGCCAGGAGAGGCUGGGGAAGAUUGUGGAUCGAAUAGACAGUGAUGGGGAUGGCUUUGUCACCACAGAGGAACUGAAAACCUGGAUCAAACGAGUGCAGAAAAGAUAUAUCUUCGACAGUGUCGCGAAAGUCUGGAAGGACUACGAUCGAGAUAAAGAUGAUAACAUUUCCUGGGAAGAAUACAAACAGGCCACCUAUGGUUACUACCUAGGCAACCCUGCCGAGUUUCAUGACAGUUCAGAUCAUCACACCUUUAAGAAGAUGCUCCCUCGUGAUGAGAGAAGGUUCAAGGCUGCAGACCUGGAUAGUGACCAGACAGCCACUCGGGAGGAGUUCACUGCCUUCCUACAUCCCGAGGAGUUUGAGCACAUGAAGGAAAUCGUGGUCUUGGAAACCCUGGAGGACAUCGACAAGAACGGGGAUGGGUUCGUGGACCAGGACGAGUAUAUCGCUGACAUGUUUUCCCACGAGGACAGCGGCCCGGAGCCUGACUGGGUGCUCUCGGAGCGGGAGCAGUUUAAUGAGUUCCGAGACCUGAACAAGGAUGGCCAGUUGGACAAAGAAGAGAUUCGCCACUGGAUCCUCCCUCAAGAUUACGACCACGCGCAGGCCGAGGCCAGGCACCUGGUGUACGAGUCGGACAAGAACAAGGAUGAGAAGUUAACUAAGGAGGAGAUAUUGGAGAACUGGCACAUGUUUGUCGGAAGCCAAGCUACGAAUUAUGGGGAAGAUCUCACAAAAAAUCAUGAUGAACUCUGAAACACUCAUCAGACAUAGCCUGGCAGACUGUGGGAAGCUUUUUUUAUAGUCUUGGAUGGUUGCUGUAAUUGUCUAAUUUAAAAACAGUUGUUUCUAAAAAACAAAACAAAAAUAUUUGUACCUGAAGAUACCAGAAAAUAACCCUUGAUAUUCUUUUAGUAAGAUGUCUCUCAAAAUACAUUAAAAUCUUGAUUAAUUGCCACUCUCUAUGGUGAUGCAUUACUAAGACGUGACUUAAACUACAAUGAACUAAAACUUGAAAAACCUUGUUAUUCGGAAACAGUGGGGGGUAGGAGGUUUCAUACUGAAUGACUGACAUGUAUGUUAAUUACCGGUUUUUACUUUUGCCAUUAUUAAAUAGUUGGUGAGGUAUAAUUCUGUUUUUUUAGGUAGGCGUAUUUCAAAGUAAGGCCGAUUUUUCAGCUUCUUCCAUUUUUGAAGUUUUACUCUGAGCUGUUACUGUAAGGGGUGGGUCAAACCUCUGUGUCUUUCCCCCUGUGGGCUAGCUAACAUGCUCCAGAAAUCCACAUCUUGGCUUUUUUUUUUUUUAAUAACAAGAUGCAAUCAAGAAAGAUAAUGUGAAAACAUUGAAUUUUAGAGGUAGAGAAAAUGAAUGCCAGGUAUUUGAAGAAAUGUAGGAAAAUAGUACAUGCUUUAAAUGUACUUGAGAAAGAGGUUCUUGGCGUGUCUGUGAGGACGAUGGAUCGCUGAUCUGUGGCCACCAAUUGGAAUGCGCUUGUGGGGCACGAGCAGACUGGAAGCCUCGUGAUGUGCUGGAACACACCUCCCAGUGCGGGGAUCCCGCAGCCCUCCCACCUGAGCCCAGGGCAGCUUACAUCGUGGAAUAAGGACAAGGUGCCAUUUCAAGCCAGUGCCUGGUAGCAAAGAAAAUCACAAAAACCUUUCAGAGGUUGAAGUUCCAGCUGUUAUGUAGAAAGUGAAUGAAAUAAAGGAUUCCACUGAGAA